AUGAGUCGCAAAUUUCAUGUUAGACGCGAUGCACCAAAAUCUACUACGGAUCCGUGGAGCUCUAUACCAGAACGACUGGGUGAAAUUACAGGAUUCAAGAGACAAGUUGUUAUGGUGUACUCUCAUAAACCUGGUAUAUCGGAUUCGCUGAACGAGUAUUGUGCUGAUGCGGCACGCUUUUGCAACUCCAAGCAUGGUCCAGGCUCUUGUGUUGGUCUGUCAACGGUGCUUCCUGGAGAAGCAGGUGCUACCAAAGUAUUGGAGAGGGCUUUUAGUCGACGAGAGAUAACAGGCGUCAAACUUCAUGCUCAUGUUCAGGUGGUGAGGCCAAACGAUCCGAAAUGUGACGAAAUUUAUGAAACUUGCAUCAAACAUGGGAAGAGCAUCCUCUUUCACGCUGGCCGUGCACCGAAUUCCCCAGGACACGCACAGGAUUCUGACGAUCUGUGCAGCUAUCGGUACAUAGAGGAUGUAAUGAAACGGCACCCACAGCUGAGAUUAUGCAUUCCGCAUCUUGGCUCCGAUGAAGAGAGCGAGUAUUUUGCUCUGCUUCAACGAUUCGAAAAUCUGUACUUAGACACUGCUAAUACUCAUUCGGACUAUUUGGGGCAACUGAAUGAUAGUGUGUCCAUUCGGGAAACAAUCCGAAGAGGGAUCCUUGCUAGUUCAAAUCAGAUUAUGUACGGAUCAGAUUUCCCCAACAUUCCACAUACGCUUUACACUGAAGUUCGAGCUUGGGAUAAAUACGACCUACCUCCCGACGUCCUGAACAAACUCCUGACAAAGAAUGCCGAAACCUUCUACGGCUUUGAGGCGAGCACCCGCACGGUAGCUGUUUUGUAG